GCCGUUUAUUGCUGAUUCUCCGCCCCCCGGUGCCCGAGUUCUGACGAGGAGCAGGGUCGUCGGGGAUUGAGGAGGAGGAGGAGGAUAGGAGAAGGUGGCGGAGAGAUCGAUGGCGGGGGUAUCUCGCGUGUCGCGGGCGGCGCUCACCGCGUGCUUGACGUGCCCGCUCUGCAAGGGAUACUUCCGGGAGGCCAGCGCCUUGGCCGACUGCGGCCACACAUUUUGCCGAGAUUGUAUCAUCAAGAAAAUAGAUGAGCAGGGGAUCGAAUCCUGCCCUGUAUGCAACGCUGCUCUUGGGAUUGCUCCUGAAGAGAAACUCAGGGCUGAUCCACAAAUUCAAGCUAUCAGGGACAAGGCUUUUCCACCUAAGACAGAAGUUGAUGCUUCUGAGGCUCCGACUACUGAACUGCCAACAAAGAUAAAAGAGAGGUCCAUUUCUUCCUUGGUUAAAACCCCAAAAAUGGCAACACAACCUACUCUGAAAGGACGGAGACCCUACGCUGCAAGAAGGAAAUUCACGUCCCAUUUGUUUUCUGUCGGUAAAUUGCCAAAUAAUUCUGAAGACCAUGACCAGAAGACUGAGAUGGCCUCAGCACAAAAAUCAACCAAGAUGACAACAUCUGCAAACAAAAAGAAGAAUAGUGCAGAUAUUUCUGAAGAUCGACAGAAUUGCGAGACGAUUGACAACGAAGAGCUUCAUAAGCCCUUACGGAGCUUAGUUGUUGCAAGCGUGAAGAAGUCACAAAAAUUAAGUUGUCUGAGGGAAAGUGGGAAAAACAGAACAACCACAGAGGAUAGUCUGAGGGAAAGCCCAGAAGAGGACUCGCAUGAUGGGAUAACUAACCCAGUCUGGUUUUCACUAGUGACUUCACCGAACCAGGUAGAAGCUAAACGUCUGCCUCAGCUAGUAAAGAAUUUCUACAGAAUUGGAGAUGGAACUAUUCAGGUCUCCUCCAUCCUCAAGCUCAUUAUGAAAAAACUUGAGCUAGCAAGUGAUGUUAAGGUGGAGAUCUUAUGCCAUGGCAAGCCGGUCUGCCCCUCGACAACACUGCACUGCCUACUCAAGCAGUGGCUGAGCCGCAAGCCGAAGUACAAGGUCCAGAGGCCGACGCUAAGAUCAGAAGCUUCUUUGGAUCACCUUGUGCCAGGAGCCGGCCGGUCUAGAGGAGGUCAAGCUAGGAGACCAUUCCUGAAGGCGUGUAACCUCUUUCCAGCUGCAGCCAGUGCCCCUCAUCUCAUCCCCCCCGCGACGUCGUCGCUGGUGUGGCAUUCACCAGUCAAAGGCAGCGUGCUGCAGGCUAGUCCCUGUGGCCAAGCCGCCAAGGCGGCAACAUUCGUUGACAAGUUCAAAGAUGAGCUGCCCCCGGAUGUUAUUGCGGUGAUGUGUGCCCUAUUCAAGAUUGAUGAUAAACUUCAGAAUGAUGUGGAGGACGCCUUGAUUGCCCAUGGCGGCAUUGACGCCCUAGACCACACUAAACACCUUGAUGAAGCUGCCGCUGGCGGGCAUUGUUUUCUGAUCUUGCUCCCUCUGCUGCGCGCGGUCAAAUAUUGA